GGACGAGAAGGCUAGGCACGAGUGGGAACGAAAAAGACGGUGAGAGUGGAAAUGGAUGAAGGUAUAUCGGUGCAGUACCGUACCGCUCUUCUUACUGUUAUUACCGACUCUAUCGCGAUCACUCGAUUAUCGUCACAUUAUUUGAUGACCUUUCAAUAUGUGUGCAACUCUUUGGCAAAAGUUAUGAUGCUAACACGUACGUUGUAUUUUGAUCUUGUGAAAUUCUUUUCAUGUAAUCAUCAGCAAACAGUUUUUCCGAACAGAAAUCAAAAUGAUCAGAUUUAGCGCAUUAAAUUUUCUUAUUUAUUUCAAGUGAAAAUUUUUAGAACGAUUAUUUAUAAUGACUGUAUCUAUUUUUUGUCAGUGCAAAAGUGUCGUAAUAAGUGCUGUAAUGAUAAUCAGGUUACAGAAGAAUACUGUGUGUCAAGAAUUAAGACAUCAAAAGAAAUGAUCCUUGUACUGAAGAUGACGUAUGUAAUUCAUCAAGUUUGUAUUCAACAAUAUAUCAUCGUAUAUAUCGAAGUAUCUAAAGUUAAACAUCUUUGCCAAAAAGAAAGUCGUCUCGAAGUUAGCAAAUUCUUUGGUUAUUAAACAAAAAAAUAAUCUCUGUUAAUUUGUUUUGAAACACUUUUAAUUUGUGAUUUCACGCAACACCAAGAACACUGUCAGAUGCAUCAAUCGAUAUACCUGUCCUGAUGUCUAAUUACCGAUCGAGGAUGCCACGGUUAGAAGUGUAUUUCAGACCGACAAUAAUAAUCACGUUAGACAAGGAAAAAGAAAAAAAAAGGAGAAAGGGAGACGAAGAGAACGUCUUAACAUAACCAUAAAGGAAACGAGUUGAGCAGAGGUUGAAACACUUUCUCCUUUUCCCGUUAUGAGAUCAUCACAUCGUUCCUCUAGCUAGCGGAUCCGGGUAGACACUUAUAUCUUUGUGCACCGUUUAUUCGCUGAUUUACACGUGGAUUGUAGCCAGCUACAAGAAUGAUGGAACUACAUUUGUAACACUGAUCUUCCAAAAUCAAUAAAAACGUCACGAAGAAUGUGAAUAUGUUCUUUAAUGUUGAAAAAAUCUACAGACGACGACUGUCAUAUUUCAUUAUGGCGAUCAACGUGCGAUAUAAGAAGAUUGAAAGUUUUGACUAGACAGAAUUCAAGAUGGUUUUUAGCGCGAUAGUGGUGACAUCAGCAUUGAAAGGUGCCAUAAGUCUGGUGGGUACAGGAUUAUGGAUCGUGCCAUUGCUAAUCGCAGGUCUCUCUUACUAUCGUUAUGAUCAGCUAGAUCCCGAGAGUCGACUAAUCGACAGAUAUCCUUUGCACUCGAAGUACGACUUUGUUAUAAUUGGCGGCGGAUCGUCUGGCGCGGUAGUAGCUAAUCGACUUUCGGAAAUACCAGACUGGAGUAUAUUGUUAAUGGAAGCCGGCCCAGACGAAAAUGAAAUUACAGAUGUGCCGUCUCUUGCCGCUUAUUUGCAGCUAACAAAGCUGGAUUGGAAGUAUAAGACUGAGCCUACUGGCAAGGCUUGCCUAGCUAUGAAGGGUGGCCGUUGUAACUGGCCGAGAGGAAAGAUCUUGGGCGGAAGUAGUGUUCUUAAUUAUAUGCUGUAUGUACGUGGUAAUCGAAACGACUACGAUUAUUGGCAGUCGUUGGGAAAUCCCGGCUGGGGAUAUGAAGAGGUUUUACACUAUUUCAAAAAGUCGGAAGACAAUCGCAAUCCCUAUUUACAGAAGAGUCCUUAUCAUGCAACCGGUGGUUAUUUAACGGUACAGGAGUCGCCAUGGAAAACGCCUUUGGUGGUUGCUUUUGUUCAAGCUGGCAUUGAACUUGGCUAUGAAAACAGAGAUAUAAAUGGUGAACGACAAACAGGUUUCAUGAUAUCUCAGGGAACUAUUCGCAGAGGAACUAGAUGUUCUACCGCAAAGGCUUUUUUACGACCUAUCCGAUUACGUAGAAACUUUCAUACGUCCAUGAACAGUUACGUGACGAGAAUCAUAAUUGACCCGUUGACAAUGAGAGCAACCGGUGUUGAGUUUAUCAGAGACGGCCGUAAGCAGAUAGUGAGAGCACGAAAGGAAGUUAUAUUAUCAGCAGGUACUAUCAACAGUGCUCAGAUUUUAAUGCUUUCAGGAAUUGGACCGAAAGAACAUUUACGACAUAUUGGCAUUCCUAUAAUAAAAGACCUUCGAGUUGGUGACAAUCUUCAAGAUCAUAUAGGCAUGGGCGGUUUGACGUUCUUAAUUGAUAAACCGGUCGCUAUAGUUCAGGAUCGUUUCCCAGCAGGUCCGAUGACUAUGCAGUACGUAGUUAAUGGCAAAGGUCCUAUGACGACUUUGGGUGGCGUAGAAGGUUACGCUUUCGUUAAUACCAAGUAUGCCAAUCACUCUAUCGAUUAUCCGGAUGUGCAAUUCCACAUGGCGCCAGCGUCUAUCAAUUCCGACGCGGGAGUGCAAGUUCGAAAAGUCUUGGGAUUGACAGAUGAAGUAUACAAUACUAUUUAUAGACCAAUUAGCAACAGAGAUGCUUGGACCAUCAUGCCAUUACUAUUGAGACCCAAAUCUCGUGGUACUGUACGACUGAGAGACUCCAAUCCUUUUCACAAACCUAUCAUCAACGCGAAUUACUUCUCCGAUCCCAUGGACAUAGCUGUUUUAGUAGAAGGUGCAAAGCUUGCAAUCAAAGUUAAUGAGGCAAAGGUCUUCAAGCAAUUUAAUUCGAGGAUUCAUCGUAUUAAAUUGCCCGGAUGCAAACAUCUCAAAUUCGGUUCCGAUGCUUAUUGGGAGUGUCACAUUCGACAUAUCUCUAUGACGAUCUAUCAUCCUGUAGGCACUUGCAAAAUGGGACCACCAACUGAUCCUACUGCUGUGGUAGAUUCAAGAUUGAGAGUUUACGGUAUCAUGGGUCUUCGAGUUAUCGACGCGUCCAUCAUGCCGACGAUAUGUAGCGGUAACACAAACGGUCCUGCUAUAAUGAUUGGCGAGAAAGGUGCUGAUCUCAUUAAACAAGAUUGGUCAGCUAGUAUUGUUAAUAGUUAAUUUAUGAGAUAAGAAAUAAGCGAGAAAACAAGCAACCACGUUGUUUUAUAUAUACAAUUAAGACAAUAAUUUGACUUUGUUUAAACAUAUUUCUUUCGUUAAAUGUAAAUAUUUUACGAUUUACUUUGAUGUAUAAUAUUAUGUAAAUACUCACAGUAAGAACAUGUAACAGAUUGUUAAUUGACGAUAUUAUUAUUCUGUAUAAAACAUAACUUUGUGUAAAUCUUUGACUUAAUAAUUCUAAUAUUUUGAUUACGAUUUUUUUUGUUUUAUACUUCAUUUCUUUUUCAGAGUUAUUUUGAAGUUUUGACUUGGAUU